CAUUUACGUUCUCACCUCAAACAUGAGUCAAAUCUUCAACUCUUUCAACUUCUAUAAAUACCCUUCUCAACCCCCAUACUCCAAACUAGAACAACCAACCACAAUAACGUAAUAACAAGCACAACAUUAAGCCUCAACAAACACAUUAAUCACAUCAAAGAGUAAUAAACAUUUCCCUAAACUCAAAAAAAAUGUCAAAACCUAGAAACUUCUUUUUCUUCAAACCAUCACCACCACCCCAAUCAUCAUCACCAUUUCCACCUUCCUCACCUCCCAACAAAACCUUCUCCGACGCAAUCAUCGACGAAAACAUCGAAACCGCGCACACUCUCAUAACAAAAUGGAACUCUAUUUCCACAACUUCAAACCAUUCUCAAUAUCCCUAUCUUUUCACCAACACUGAAGAAUCCAAACACUAUCUUAAAGCCGUUAAGAGUCUACAAUCUGCUAUGCAGUACCUCGUUGCAAAGGAUUCCACCUCCAAGAAACUCAUUGAAGCACAAUCGUUAAUGCAACUCGCCAUGAAGAAUCUUGAAUCAGAAUUUUAUCGAAUUUUAGGAGAAAACAGAGACCGGUUCAACUCUGAAUCGGUCUCUGUUCUCUCUAGCUCCUCCACUGAUCGUCGGAGUAGUUUCUCCGACGAUGAAUACUCUGACGAAGAAUCGUCAUCGCUCUCUGCUCAAUCGGUAUCUAUGACUGCUGUACCUGAUUUAAAAGCGAUUGCAGAAUGCAUGAUUUUCACCGGUUAUAGCAAAGAGUGUGCUAAGAUUUAUGUAAUUGUGAGAAAAUCGAUUGUGGAUGAAGCACUUUACAAUCUCGGUGUUGAGAAACUGAGUUUCUCUCAGGUUCAGAAAAUGGAUUGGGAAGUUCUUGAAUGGAAGAUUAAGACCUGGCUGAACGCCGUUAAAGUCGCUGUCAAUACUCUGUUUCACGGCGAGAGAACACUCUGCGAUUACAUUUUUGAAUCACGGGAGAAGAAAAUUGCCGAUUCAUGUUUCAGCGAGAUUUGCAAAGACGGUGCUAUGAUGCUGUUUUCUUUCCCAGAAAACGUCGCAAAAUGCAAGAAAACGCCGGAGAAAAUGUUCAGAACGUUGGAUUUAUACGAAGCGAUUUCCGAAAAUUGGCAUCAAAUUGAAUCGAUCUUUUCAUCGGAAUCAAAUUACACGAUCCGUUCUCAGGUGAUUGCAUCACAAGUGAGACUCGGUGAGACCGUUAUAAAUAUGCUAACCGAUUUCGAAUCGGCGAUUCAGAAAGAAUCUUCGAAGGUUCCGGUACCAGGCGGAGGAGUUCAUCCUCUAACACGCUACGUCAUGAAUUACAUUGCACUUCUCUCCGAUUACAGCGAUGCAAUCGCCGAUAUAGUUUCCGAUUGGCCACAAUCACCGUUACCGGAAUCUUACUACAAAAAUCCAUCUCACGACGAGAAUAAUCCACCGUCGGAGAUAGCAAAACGGUUAUCGUGGCUAAUUCUCGUUGUUCUUUGUAAACUCGACGGAAAAGCUGAACUAUACAAAGACGUUGCACUUUCGUAUCUUUUUCUUGCGAAUAACAUGCAAUACGUCGUCGUAAAAGUGCGUAAAUCGAAUCUAGGGUUUAUUCUUGGUGAGGAUUGGUUACUGAAACACGAAAUGAAGGUGAAAGAGUAUGUUACGAAAUACGAACGCAUGGCGUGGAGUAAGGUACUGUCGUCGAUUCCGGAGAAUCCAACGGCGGAGAAUGCGAGUGGAAUCUUCCAGAAUUUCAACGUGGUGUUUGAAGAAGCGUUUAGAGCACAGUAUUUGUGGGUUGUACCCGACCCGAAAAUGCGAGAGGAAAUUGGAGCGUGGUUAGAUUUGAAUGUUGUUUACAAGUACAGGGAGUUCUAUGUGAAAUAUCGGGUCGGGUUGAAUUCGGUUAUAAGAUAUUCGCCCGAAGAUUUGAGGAAUUAUCUGUCGGAGAUUUUGUGUGGUAGCGUUUCGUCGCAUUCGCCGGAUCGGUGAAAUUGGAGAAACCUGCCGGCAACGUGGGUCCCACUUUAUGAUUUGUUUUUCAGUUUUUGUUUAAAGAUGAAGACAAGAAAAUGGGCCAAAUAUCCAAAGACAACAACAAAGAUGGGAAUAUUAUGUUCUUUUGUGCAUGAUUAGACAUAUAGUAGUAUUUUUUUAUUAAAAAUAAUUUUAUAAUUUGAAAAUACUAUAGGUAGGAAUUAUCGUAAAGGAUAGUAUUAGAAGAUUAGAAAAAUAUGAAAGCAAAGGCCAGAGUUACUAACUACUGUAUUAUAAAAAUUAAAUCCAUUUCCAUAUAAAAAUAUAGUUAAAUUCUUCUAGUGCAAUUACGAUAUACUUUUCUUUUCUUUUAAUUAAUUUGUUUAUGUUAUUAUUAUUUUUUAUAUUCAAGUUUAUUUGAUCCUCUUCUUCAUCACUCCAAACCUCCAUUUCCAUUUUUCAAAGAAAUCAUGAAAAUGGAAGGAGCAUCAAAUUAAUUUCCAAUCAACCCCGUCCCUACCCGGACAGCCAACCCCGUCGAAAUUUCCAGAUCCUCACCUUCUAUACUCUCUCUGUAAAGAAUAAACAGAGUUUGGGCGUGGAACGAGCUUAACCAAAGAGGAGAAAAAUUUUAUUCAUGCAACUUAUUGAUUACAAGCACUAUGAUCAAUGUUAUAU